ACGGGACCUGUUGAAGGCCCAGCACCGCUCAUGUUCCACGCUGCUCUGUCAGCGGACACUCCCCCAUCUUGCCUCACACACCCUCCGCUCCGUCUAAAGACAGGCUGACUGCAGACCUGCCACAGGCUACUGAAACUGAGACAACUCUGCCGCCAAGGUGGCGAGAUUAUCUGUGAGAGAAAAUCAGAGGAGGGUACCAGAAACAAAAUAUCCUGCACACCCUCAUUAUCAACAUGGGGGCUGUCAUCUCACGGUGGAAGGCUAAACCAUCCACUGUGGAGAUUUUGGAAGGAAUCGAUAAGGAUAUACAGGUUCUUGAAGAAUACAGUGAGAAGUAUCAGAAGCAGUUGAAGACAUGGGUUUGGCGACUGCUUUUGUAUUCGUCUCUUCUCUACCUGACCACAUGUGUAGUUGUGUAUUUCUGGUACCUGCCUGAACAGGUGAUGGGGCGGCUCAUAUUGUGUCUUCCCUUUCUAAUAUUUCCUCUACUAAUUUGGUUACUUCGAAAAAUGCUUAUUUUUAUUUUUUCACGCAGAACUGAAAAAAAUAAUGACAAAUUAGAGGAUCUGAAAACACAAAAAAGGAAAAUACUUGAAGACGUUAUGGAAACUGAGACAUAUAAAAAUGCCAAAUUGAUUCUGGAGAGAUUUGAUCCAGAAUCUAAGAGGAAAAUGGAGCUUGAAUCCACUCCUAUUGGACUGCAGAUGACUCCAAAACCAGGACAAGAGCUCCGCCAUCGCAAUGUCAUGCCAAAGACCCCCUCAGUGGUGGUGAAUCCUGCUAGCGUAGCUGCUGCUGCCCGCCCUCCUCUUGCCUCUGGGCCCACCUAUCCUGGACGAUCUUCCCACUCUGCUCCAGGUGGACCCCCAGAGAGGAACCUGUCGGCUAUAGCUGCUCAGCAGAGCUUGAUGAGGAAGCCUGUGACCCCUGGAACACCUGUUCCAGGAAUCGGGAUGCACCCCCCCGGCCCACCCCUGGCCAGACCUGUGCUCCCCAGGGAAAGGGGCGCGAUGGACAGAGUCAUAGAGUAUCUUGUUGGAGAUGGCCCGCAGAACAGAUACGCUCUCAUCUGUCAGCAGUGUCUGUCUCAUAACGGCAUGGCAUUAAAAGAGGAAUUUGAAUACGUUGCCUUCAGAUGUGCGUAUUGUUAUUUCUUGAACCCGGCAAGAAAGAUGAGGCCUCAGGCACCCAGACUCCCUGAGGUCACCCAUGAUCUGAAGCUGUCAUCUGAGGGACUUGCACCAUCACCUGGAACUGACGAAGAGGAUGACCAAUCUGUUUUAGGGAAAACCAAUCUUGCUGAUGUGUCUGCUGAAACAGACACCCAAGAGCCAGGCACACCCACAACCACAGAGCCCAGCUCUGCGUCAGAGGGCCAAACCACCCCGGAGUCACAAGAUCUGCCCUCAGAGAAAUCUGAUGGAGAGCAGGAUGUGUCUGCCAUGGAAGUGGAAUAAAACAGUUGAGUAGUGAUUUCAACAGCCAGGCUAGAACUUUUAUUUCCUCUUUUAUUUCCUCUUUGAGUAAUUGUGAUAACAUUUAAGUUGUAAGUAAAUGCCUUGAGUUGGAAUUACACAGUAAACAAGUGAGCAGCCGGUGUGAUUUUCAACUUACAGUACAGAAUGUCCUUUCUUUUGAGAAUUGCUUUUAUAGCUCUAGCAUUGGCAAUGAAUUGAAUAUUUGUAUAGCAGUAGCAUUUGGUAGCCAGACAAACCACCAUAACAGUAUGUUGCCAUGUCCAGCCCAUUUUCAUUACAUCAUUUUGAGAGCGAUAUGGAUUAUGUUUGUUAAUUUUUCUGUGUUUGAUGUUGUGUAGGAAAAGUCUUUCUCCAUGUUUUCUUUAUGUUCCAUAUUAUAUUUGUUUUGCUUGACAUUAUUCUGACUUAAUUGGACACCGCAGAAACAAAACAUGAAAUAUUUUGUGGGGGAAAAAUACAUUUUUAUUUAUGGGAAAUUAUUUAUAAAUAUUUUUCUACAAUGCUGUGCCUUUCAUGACGGUGUUGACUGAGGUCAUCUGCAGCACGGUGGUGCGAACAUGUUUACACAACCCUGGUACCAUAAUAGGAAUGUACAUACACUAUGUAUUUAUUGCUAAAAGGGAGGAAAGGAGAUUUCUGUCAGUACUGUGCACCUGCCCCAAAGUGCCUUUUAUAAGUCUCUGCCUCAGAGUAUUGUCGAUAAAAACGUACUCACAUAUAGAGAAAAAAGUCAUUUUGCUGUUUACAGACUGUUUGCUGAAUGUCUGAAUCCCUCUUCUGUAUAAAAAUACUAAAUAAACUUGAGAAUAUCUGCGAUAUGUGUUUUUAAUAUAGAUUAUAUAUUAUAGAGAGAUGAGGAUGGAUGAGAAA